GAGAUUGUUGGGGCUGUUUAUAAAAAAUAAUUUCUGUAAUUAUCACUAUAAUAAUUUUUUGAAUAGCACGUAUAGUAUAGAGUAUAGAGGUUUCUAUAUAAAUUAAUAUGAAAAGGGGGUUUCGGGGAAUUUUAAAGCAGAAAAAGUGAGGUAGGGAAACAUAUAUAUAUAUAACCUAAAUCUAAACCCUCUCUGGAGGAGCCAGCCGCCCCCCCUUCAUUUGAAGAAAACAAAAGGGAGAAGCAGAGACCCCCCACUGGCUUCUGUUUUUGGCUCUUUUCACAGACCUUCCCCUUUCCUCAGCAAAGUUUUCCCUUCCCCUCAGUAAAAAAAAAAACAGCCCAUAGCCGCCCAUCAACACAAAAUUUCAGACUCUCUGCCCUUUCCAUCUCCAUUCUCAAAACCGAAACAGAUCUUCCCUCUAUCACCCGAACAGCCAGAAAACCAAAGCCUCAUCCUCUCCUUCUUUCUUUUGGCUUCUCCCCAUCACCACCAGAUUCUCCCCCACGGUCCAGCAACCUUUCUGAAGACCAGCCAAAACCGUGAGCCACAAGCAGCGUCAGGAGCUUUGCUUCACAUUCCAAACAGACAGUUCUUCUCUGAGUUCUGCACUGGAACGCAGCCGUCUCCAGCUUCAACAGCCGCGUCGUCUCCAGCUUCAACAGCCGCGUCGUCUUCAGCUCCGGCAGCCAUCGCUGACUCGCAGCCCCUCAACCACUGGAAGCAGGUACUAGCCGCAGCAGCAAUCCAGUAGUGCGACCAGUCUCGUCUCUGCACCAGCAGCUGGUCCCGUCGUCUCUCUUGCCAUAUCUCUUCCCCAUCGCCCCAGCAGUAGCUGUUUUUUCUUCUCUGCACGGGGAGCACGAAGCAGCAGGGGUGCGCGACCAGUCAUUGCAAUUCCCCAGCCACUUUGAGCACGCAAGCCAGCAGCAGCAGAGGGGAUUUUUUUACUUCGGCCAUAAGUUACUCCUCCAGCAGCAUCCUUCUUUUCCCUGCAGAGGUUGCACUGGUCGUAGCAACACCGAAGGGCACCAUCAGACAAUCAUCUUUCAGUCAGCAAACCUGUCUCCACACGCCAAGUUUUAUCAGUUGGAUUUUUAAAUAUAUGGAGUCCAAACCUCCACAAGAUGGCCAGAGAAAGUAUAGAUUUAUGCCUAAAGCUCCUCCACGCCGACUAUCAAAGCUGGAAGUUAAAACUGAAAAAGUGGAGAAUGUGGAUACUCUACAGGCCAUGAACUUGAUGAAGCAAUUCCAGGAAAGGUCCCUAAAGCAAAAGAUUACAAACGAAAAGAAAGUGCAGAAACCUGACAUUGCAUUUGGUCCUGGAGCUGCUGCAACUAAGCCCUUUCCAAGCUGGAGUACAAUUAACAGAGAUCAGAGUUCAUCUUCCAAUGGUAAUGCCGAUGCUCCAGGCCUGAGAGAGAAAGAAUACAUUGAACCAUGGGAUUAUUACAGUAAUUAUCCCGUGAGUCUUCCUAUGAGGAGGCCAUAUUCAGGAAAUUCAGCAAUUCUUGACGAAGAGGAAUUUGGGGAGGUGUCCGAAGCUGCAACAUAUGAUGAAAAUUCAACAAAUUCUGCGGUGGAGCUUGGCUUGAUGGAGGAAAAUGUUGAAGCAAGUAUGCUCUUUGUUCAGUUACCACCAACUAUGCCCAUGAUAAAGCGAUCAGCUACAGCAGUUGGCCCUGAGGUUAAGGAAAGCUCUAGGCCAUCAGGAGGUGCACGUGCAAUUGAGAAGACUUGCAGGUUAGAUGAGUUACCAGCGGGCUACAUGGGUAAAGUGCUAGUGUACAGGAGCGGUGCUGUUAAGCUGAAGCUUGGGGAUACCCUUUAUGAUGUCUCCCCAGGUAUGAAUUCUAUAUUUGCUCAAGAUGUUGUAGCUAUUAAUAGAGGAGAGGAAACUUGUUGUGUGGUAGCGGAGAUUGAGAAGCGUGUUACCCUAAUCCCUGAUGUGGAUGCCAUUACAAGUAGAGUCGCAGAAAUGUGAUAGUAUCAUUGGUUUAUCCUAUAUAAGAUGAAACUGCAACCUACCUUUUGUUUUCCUUCCCAAAAGAAGCUGUUAUUUAACAUUCCUUCAUGAGAAACUAUCAGAUGAAUAAAGAUAACAAGUUGCUGUAUGGAUUACUCGUUUAAGAGAAAAUUAAUUGAUGAAGUGAAUCUGGUAGUUAAUUGGUUUU